AUCCUCCCCACCCCCCAGGUCUCAGACUGCAUGCAAACCCUCUUCCGUGGCAACUCGCUGGGCAGCAAGAUCAUGGCGUUCUGCUUCAAGAUCUACGGCGCGGCGUACCUGCAGAGCCUUCUCGAGCCGUUCAUCACGUCGCUGUUGGACCAGGUGGCGGUCGAGCCUACGCUGAGCUUUGAGGUGGACCCGGCUAGAUUAGACGCAGGGCAAGACAUAGAAGUGAACCGCUCCAACCUCAUCUCACUGACGCAAGAGGUGUUUACGCGAAUCGUCAGCUCUGCGGACCGCUUCCCGCCACAACUACGUAGCAUGUGCCACUGUCUGUAUCAGGUCCUCAGUAAGAGGUUCGCUCAGUUCCCGCAAACGAGCGUCGGCGCCGUCGGCACCGUGCUGUUUCUGAGGUUUAUCAACCCCGCUAUCGUAUCACCACAAGAAAUGGGUAUAACCUCCCGCUCCGUGCCGGCACAAGUCAAGAGAGGUCUCAUGCUGAUGUCUAAGAUCCUGCAGAACAUCGCCAACCACGUGCUCUUCAGCAAGGAGCAGCACAUGCUGCCGUUCAACCACCUGCUGCGGACGCACUUCGAGAUCGCGCGCCGGUUCUUCAUUCAAAUAGCGUCGGACUGCGAGAGCGUGGACCAAGCGUCGCACUCCAUGUCCUUCAUCAGCGAUGCCAAUGUGCUGGCGCUGCAUCGGCUGCUGUGGAACCACCAGGAGCGUAUAGGCGACUACCUGUCGUGCAGCCGCGACCACAAGGCGGUGGGGCGGCGUCCGUUCGACAAGAUGGCGACGCUGCUGGCGUACCUAGGUCCACCGGAGCAUAAGCCGCUCGACUCACAAUUCUCAAUCUCCAACUCGGGCCUGCUCUUUUCGUCCUACGCGCGCUGGUCAUCCAUAGACAUGUCUUCCACAAACUUCGAGGAGUUUAUAGUGAAACACAACAUGCACGAAAAAGAAGAGUUCAAAAGCAUCAAGAGUUUGAACAUCUUUUACCAGGCGGGGACGUCUAAGUUGGGCAAUCCGGUGUUUUAUUUCAUUUCAAGGCGGUAUAAAAUCAACGAAACCAACGCGGAUCUCCUCAUCUACCACGUGAUAUUGACCCUGAAGCCGUUCUGCCACCAGCCCUUCGAGCUCAUCGUGGACUUCACGCACACCAACUCAGACAAUAGGUUCAGAACGGACUUCCUGCAGAAGUGGUUCACGGUGCUACCCGAAGUGGCGUACAGCAACAUCCAGGCGUGCUACAUUUACAACUGCAACGGCUGGGUGCGAGAGUAUACCAAGUUCCACGAAGCUAUACUGGCUCCUUUACGGGGCAACCGCAAGUUAAUCUUCAUAGACAACCACAGCCGCCUCGGUGACUACGUCGAGGCAGAACAACAGAAGCUGCCCGGAGCUACGCUAGCUCUUGAAGAGGACCUUAAAGUCUUCAACAAUGCACUGAAACUGUCACAUAAGGACACUAAAGUCGCUAUCAAGGUGGGCCCGACAGCGCUGCAAAUAACAUCAGUAGAGAAGACCAAAGUGCUCGGUUUACAAGUUCUACUGAACGACGUUUACUAUGCCUCGGAGAUCGAUGAAGUGUGUCUAGUAGACGACAACCAGUUCUCCCUCUCCAUAAUAAACGAAGCGACGCCACUGAGCUUCAUCCACAACGACUGUGACAACAUCGUGCAGAGUAUUAUACACAUCCGGAACAGAUGGGAGCUGAGCCAGCCGGACACAGUGACAGUGCACCAGAAGAUCAGACCCAAAGACGUGCCAGGAACGCUUCUAAACAUGGCUCUACUGAAUCUGGGCUCUUGCGAUCCUAACUUAAGGACGGCGGCGUACAACCAGCUGUGCGCCCUGACGGCCACUUUCCAUCUCAAGAUUGAAGGGCAGUUGUUGGAGACUGGAGGCCUAUGUAUACCGUCCAAUAACACAAUCUUCAUCAAGUCAGUCAGUGAGAAACUAGCUCACAACGAACCACACCUUACUUUGGAGUUCCUUGAGGAAUGUAUACAGGGAUUCAGAGGAUCUACGAUAGAGCUGAAGCAUUUAUGUCUUGAAUACAUGACUCCUUGGCUCCCUAACCUUGUCAGAUUCUGCAAGCCCUCCGACGAAUCCCGCCGACAGAAGCAAGUGGCGCAGAUCCUCGAGAAACUCAUCACGCUGACCAUAGAGGAGACGGAGAUGUACCCCUCUGUGCAGGCCAAGAUCUGGGGCUCCAUCGGACACGUGCCCGAGCUCAUAGACUGCGUGCUGGACAGCUUCAUACAGAGGAGCGUGGAUUCCGGUCUCGGAUCACCGAUGGUAGAGAUCAUGGCAGAUACAGCUGUGGCAUUAGCCUCCGCCAAUGUCCAGCUAGUGUCGAAGAAAGUCAUCGGCCGAAUGUGCAGGGCCCUAUCCAAACUGCCCCAUUACUCUCUGGGCCCCGUUACCCCAGCCACUGUGGUAGAUAAGACGUGCCACUCGCCCACAGCGGUUCUCGAACAACACAUGAUGUGGGAUGAUAUCGCCAUUUUAGCCAGAUAUUUGCUCAUGCUUUCCUUCAACAACUGCCUCGACGUGGCUCGUCACCUGCCCUAUCUCUUCCACUCGGUGACGUUCCUGGUGUGUUCGGGCGCCCUGUGCAUGCGCGCCGCCACGCACGGGCUGGUGGUCAAUAUUAUACACUCGCUGUGUACCUGCUCUACGCCGAGUUUCUCAGAGGAGACCCAGCGCGUCCUCCGCCUGUCUCUAGACGAGUUCGCUCUGCCCAAGUUCUACCAGAUGUUCGGCAUCUCCAAGGUGAAGUCGGCCGCCGUCACCGCCUUCAGGAGCCCGUAUAACAGACACGCCGCUGACUGGUGAGAAAGAUAGACAAUAUACUGCGGCGCGCCCGCGCCCUCCGACCGGGAGCGACUGCCGCUGCAGUCCCUGGAGAUCAUCACAGACGCUCUGCUCGAGAUCAUGGAAGCGUGUAUGAAGGACAUCCCGGACUGCGACUGGCUCAAUACCUGGACAUCACUAGCGAAGAGUUUCGCUUUCUGCUUCAACCCGGCGCUGCAGCCGAGAGCUCUAAUCGUAUUUGGAUGUAUUAGUAAGAACAUAACCGACGCGGACAUGAAGCAACUGCUUCGCAUUCUAGUCAAGGCUUUAGAAUCGUUCAACGAUCUCGCGCUGUUGGAAGCACUGAUCAUGUGUCUCACGCGACUGCAGCCGCUGUUGAGACCUGAAUCCCCGAUCCACAAGUCGUUAUUCUGGGUAUCAUUAUCCGUGCUGCAGCUGCACGAGCCCGGGCUGUACGCGGCGGGGCUGGCGCUGAUGGAGCAGAACCUGCACACGCUGGACUCGCAGGGGGCCUUCGACGCGCAGACGCUGGAACAAGUGAUGAUGGAGACCAGAGAGCCUCUCGAGUGGCAUUUCAAACAACUGGACCACGCCGUCGGACUCAGUUUCCGCUCCAACUUCCACUUCGCGCUUGUAGGGCACUUGAUAAAGGGCUACCGGCACCCGGUGGCGGCCACUGUCUCGCGCACUGGCCGAGUACUGGCCACUUUACUGUCCAUAGCAGCUGGAGCGCAAGCUGAUAAGUUUAGGGCUACGGUGGAUACGGUGCCUUAUCUUACAGCACUAGUAUGUCAGAGCGAGGAGGUCCGCUCGCGCUGUCACGUGAAGCACUCGCUGCCAAAAUGGCUGCCCGACAACUGCGACCACUACUGUCCCACAAUCGACUACCAGCAGUCAUCCAUGCUGAUCCAGCCGCCCGCCUCCUCACUAGCCUCGUGCCACGGCCGCCGACAGAAGUCCUGGGACGUGCUGGACCAGGCCGCCAUCUCCUCCGCGCACGGAGGUAAAUCGCCCACAAUGCAGUCGUCCAGCAGCGGGGGCCACAGCCCGCACCUCAUGAAUAUGACACACCAGGACAGCGAGGGCCGCGCGCACAGCAUGCAGCACGGGUGCGCGGGACGGGCUGAGAACCAGGACUCCGAUAGCGGGUUUGAGGUGGUAGAAGACGACGGGCGCACGUCCCCGGGCAGCCUCGAGGAGAGCACCGAGCGACCGCCGUCUACUAAAUCUGGAGAUAGCGAUCUCCCAGAACCAACGGCUACUAAGCAAACGUCGACAGACAAAGACUCGUCCACAAUGGAGAGCAACAGUCUGUUGGACCCGGCCGUGCUGAGCGACUUCACGUCGCAGGCGCUCGCGCUCACUGUGCUCGCCACCUUAGUCAAGUAUACUACUGAUGAAGACGAAAUCAGAAUUCUGUAUCAGUACCUGGCGGAAGGAUCGGUUGUUUUCCCGAAAGUGUUUCCAGUUAUCCACAGUCUGCUGGACAUGAAGAUCAACCACGUGCUGAUGCACUGCCACGACCAGGUCAUCCUCAGCGCGGUACAGAGCAUCAUACAGAACAUGAUAGCCUCAGAAGAUGCAUCGCAACAGCAACUACACUACAUGCAGAGCUGCGGCUUCGGCGGCCUGUGGCGGUUCGCGGGACCUUUUACUAAGAACCAAUGCACAGCGGAAAGCUCCGAACUGUUCGUGAACUGCCUCGAGGCGAUGGUGGAGACGAGCCUGCCCGGCGACGAGCUGACGCCGCGCGCGCCGCCGCCCGACCCCGACGACUUACACGUGGCGAGGACCGCCAGAGCCGCUUCAUCAACACCUCACCGGCCGCCCACGCUGUACUGCCACGGCCCCGACAACACCUAGCAAGCAUCCUCCCCAAGGACAAGCAGUCUCUUAGCGCCUGUGUGCAGCACAGACGAAGCAGACUUCUGAUGUCCGCGCCGGGACUCGAACUAGAGACUACAGA